AUGUCCGUGGCCACCGCUACCGCUGCACCCGUCCCCAACGGCGCUGCUGGCACCGGCGCUCCGGCCACCACGACAGCUUCCUCUUCCACGGCCAACAACGCCCGCUCGCCAUCCCGUUCCCCAACCAGAGCCCUCGUGCCGUCCCACUCCAUCCUCCGCCCAUGCAACGCAAAGGGCAUCCCCGUCGGCCCCCCAAUCAUCCCCCCUCCCAAUGUUCGCUCGGUCAGCAGUCCUGGCCUCCAGAGAGUCCCACUUGCUGCGGCGGUAGCUCCUGCUGCUGGGCCCCCCGACGCUGCCCAGCCAGCAGCAGGCGGCCCCGUCGAUGGCAGCGGCGUGUCCAACUCGUCCAACGAGUCGCUCACCACCACCUCGACCGUCCCCUCCAUGUCGCCGUCGGCAAUGUCCAACGCGUCGACCUUUGCAUCCAGCUCUGACCCAUUCUGCGAGGAGACCGAGUCGUCAUUUGGGGGCAGCACUCCCAGGUCGUCCAUGUACUGCGCGUCGCCCAAGAUCCGCUUUGGCUCACUACCCGAGAGGCCCCCCGAGCUCCGUCGUCGCAACUCGAUCACGCUCGGUGUGCUGGCGCGCAAGAACAUGCUCACUGCGCAGGGUACCGUGGCUGGCGGCUCGACCGUGAGCGCCAACGGUACCCGCAAGAUCAUGAUGACCGACGCAGAAUGGGAGGCGUACCAGCAGAAGUUUGCCUCAAAGAACGGCAACGCCAACGCUGUCGACCUCGGGCAGGUCAUGUCCAGCGGCGCAAAGAAGCUGUGGGGCAAGGUCCGCCGUGGGUCCAACACGAGCCAGACGUCCAACUCGUCGUCCACCCCGUCUGUCACGGGCCGUGGCAGGUCGGACAGCACAGGCGCAAUCCCCGUCUCACCUCGCGCAGGCCCCAUGGUCGAUGUCGCACCGGCCAUUGUCGAGGAGGAGGAGCCGCACUCGGCGCCAGCCAGCCCUCGCCAGGGUGCCCUCCAGAUGUCCGGGACCACAGACGGCGACGAGACACCCCGUCGUGGCCGCUCGCCAUCACCCCCGCCGCUGUCGCUCCAGCACAUGGAGGAGGUGUCGCACCACCACGGCCACCGUGGCCGGUCACCGUCGCCUCCCCCGCACCCUCUGGAGGACGAAGACGAAGAGGACGACGACGAGGAGCGCUUUGCCAACGGCCAGGACGACGACGAGAACCGCAGCCAAAACAGCAGCAGCAACAACAACGAAGAGGACCACCGCACGCACGACGAUGCCGAUGCCGAGCAUCUCUCGCACCACAACUCGACCGCUGCCGCCCUCGGCUUUGAGCUCCGCGACUACAAGAAGCGCCCAGCAUGGGACCGUCGCGGGUCCGCCCACUCGAUCCACUCCAACCACUCGAGCUCGAGCCUCAACCGUCUCGCCGACGGCCACACACACGAGGCCACCUCCCAGGUCUAA